UCAGUUCAUCAUUGAGCUACUCUCCUGCUUUUUAUUCCAACUUCCCUUCAUCGCAUUUACCAUCCUCUUCUUAUAACUCAUAUAUACUUUUACCCCGCCAUGGCUGCCCCGCAGGAGCUCGUUCCCCAGACAGAGUCCAUCGCUGAGGUCUACGCAACCGACGAUGCCUCUGUCACAUCUAUUUCUUCAGAACACCAGACUAGAUUCAGUGGCCUGGUUUCUCAGUUCAAUAAAUUGUACAGCCAUCACCCAGAUUUUGUCGCCCGUAGCCCUGGCCGGGUGAACAUUAUCGGAGAGCAUAUUGACUACAACCUGUACGAUGUGCUUCCAACUGCCGUCAGUGUGGAUGUCAUUAUUGCCGUCAAGGUCAUUCCUUCGACCGGCUCAGAUGCUGUCGUCAAAAUUGCAAAUGUCCAGCCAGAAAAGUUCCCUACUCGCGAGUUCACCGUGCCACGGGAUACCGAUGUUGAGAUUGACCCGAAAAAGCACGAGUGGAUCAACUACUUCAAGGCCGGUCUUGUGGGAGCGCUGAAGUUUUUGCGCAAGGAAAAAUCGGAUGGCUCAUUCUCCCCUGCCAGUAUCGAGGUCUUGGUGGAUGGUAACGUGCCGCCGGGUGGUGGUAUCUCGAGCAGUGCUGCUUUUGUGUGUGCUAGCGCUUUGGCUAUCAUGAAGGCAAACAACCACAAUGUCUCAAAGCAGGACCUCCUGGACUUGGCCGUUGUUUCUGAGCGUGCAGUUGGUGUCUACUCCGGAGGUAUGGACCAGGCAGCUUCCAUCUUCUCCCGUCGGGGAUAUCUGCUUUACACCCAAUUCUUCCCAUCAUUCUCCGUUCAGCAUGUUCCCGUCCCAAAGGCCGAUGAGGAGAUUACCUUCCUCAUGGCACAGAGCUUUGUCACUUCCAACAAGGCCGAGACAGCUCCCCGUCAUUACAACCUUCGUGUAGCAGAGUGCACCCUCGCUGCUGUUGUGCUGGCCGCCCAGCAUGGUCUCACUCUUAAGAAGGACAACAGCUCCCUCGGGUACAGUCUGCGCAACUUCCACUAUGAAUUUAUGUCCAAGGAAGGCCGACUAGGCGAUGCCCUCGAAGACCAGAUCGAUUCCGUCAUCCAGACCACAAAGGAACUUCUGUCCCAGGAGCAAGGAUACACCCGGGAGGAGAUUGCCAAACUUUUGGGCAUCACAGUCGCAGAUCUCGAAUCCAAGUUCCUCUCCGCCUUCCCCGUUCAAGCAGAUCGUUUCCUUCUCCGCCAGCGUGCCUUGCACUGCUUCACCGAGGCGCGUCGUGUGCUUGACUUCAAGGCCUGUCUUGCCAAAGCCACAACCUUGGACGAGAAGCUCAUCAACUACCUGGGCCAGCUCUUGAACGAGUCUCAGGACUCGUGCCGCACUACCUACGAGUGCAGCGCUCCUCAAGUUGACGACAUCUGCGCCAUCGCACGCCGGGCUGGUACCUGGGGUAGCCGACUUACAGGUGCUGGAUGGGGAGGCUGCACCGUCCACAUGCUCCCUCAGUCCAAGGUUGAGGCUGUCACCAAGGCCCUUAAGGAAGAGUACUAUUUGAAGAAUUUCCCUGAUAUCACUGAGGAGAAACUCUCUCAGGCUAUGGUCAUCAGUAAACCAUCCAACGGAUCAUUUAUGAUUACCGGGGCUGCUAUUAACCAAGUUGAUGUUUGAACCAAAAUAAAUAAAUAAAAAAUUAACAUGGCUCUCCAUAGUACUUCCUGCUGUUUGGCGUUUGAAAUAUGAGUUCUACUACCACGACCACCAACAGGUGCGUUUGAUGACACGGAUUUUUCAAGUUUUGCUUGUGAUGAAGAUACCAUAGAUCUGGGAAUAGCAUACUUCGUACCAAAUCUAUAUACAAGCCGGAAUUCCUUCUCGGAUAGCGAGUGUCUACCGAGGACCCUCUAUAUUCCUCCGGCGCAUUCACGUCAUAGGUGUCACACGU